UUUUACUGUAUAUAAGUACAUAUACAUACACGCGUACAUGUAUUGAUAAGGCAUACGAUACAGUGAAGAAAGACGCAUUGCUUAUAAAUACCGGCCAGUUGGACAUUAAAUGCAAUAACGUUUGUAGAACAAUAACGAAUGUCUACACAAUUGUUUGUUUUUUAUAUUUUUAGAAGUAUCUCCAAAAAAAUACUAACGAAUUUCUCUUGUAUUUGUUGGUCGUAAUAAUCGAGAUUGUUCUUCUAUUCGUUUAUUAACCGUCUUCCAGUGUACGAAAACGAGUAAAUACAUGCAUAUAACAAAUAAAUUAUAUUUUAAUAUUUAAAAUAAAAUUUAAUAACCACGAAGCACUGUUAUUUUGUACGAUUUCUUGCAAUUGCAUAAAACCACAGAAAAGAAUCUGCUGUCAAUCUCAGUUUCGUUUGUUUGCAAUUAACGACGAGAAUACCAAACAAUUACGUUAUAUAUGGCACAUAUUGUUUUAUAUCUUGUUGCAUUCAGAAUUUUACGAAUAAUGCUUUGACUUAGGUGCAUCCAACCUUUAGUUUCUACUUGAUCUUAUACUAAGAUUAUUAGGUAAAAUACUUUCACAAAAGAUUUGUAGUGAAUAAAAUACUAUAGAUUAGUUUGUGAGAGAAUGAUUCUAGGAUUAGACGUAUUGUCCAAGCGUGCACGCACAAAAACUUUUAAAGGAGACUGCAUGAAACGUUUCUAAAGAAGAACCAGAAAAAAUGCUGCAUUGGCUGAACUUGCUCGUAGGCCGACAUUCUCUAAUUUUUACAAAAAUGACACACCUUGAUAAUGUAUCCAAAAUAUACACAAGAAGGUCAGCAAAGAAAAAGGCAAAGUGAACUUUUAUAUCGAUAUGGAUACUUUUUAUCAAUGCUUUUGUGUAUGAUACUUGCAUCAGUUAGACCACACUUGGGUAAAACAAAUGGUGUUUUUAAUGGAAAUAUUAUCAUUCGAUAUUUUGCUGUGCCUUUAACAUACCUAGAAGCAGGGUUAUUGUGUGAUCUUAAAUCUCUGUAUUUAACAUUGAGCAAUUACUCCCUUUUAAUAUUUACAAUGAUCUUUAUGUACAUCUUAAUGCCUUCUUUGAUGAAACUUGGAGUAUGUUUGUUGACUUAUGCAGACAUUAAUAUAUGGUUGUUAAAGGGAAUGGAAGUGCUUUACUGUAUGCCACCCCCAUUGAAUACAAAUCUUGUUCUAUGUAGAUUGGCACAGGCAGAUUUGUCAACAAGUAUCGUAAUAACUUUGGUUUCUCAUUUUGCAGGAUUAUUUAUAUCACCUGUACUACUAUAUUUUGUGUUAGGCGCAUCUACGCCUCCUUUGGUUGGCGUUAACGUCAAAGAAACCAUUUAUAGCACGAUUGUACCGUUAGUUAUUGGUAUUGCUAUUCAAUUUUUCAUUUUAAAAUAUGGUUUUUGUUUCAAAAUUAAAUCGCCAUGGUUCUCCCAAGCAUUACUAUUAGCCACGGCAUACCACUGGUUUUGCGACGCUGUUUCAGUGGAUGCGUCGUCUUUACAAGCUAGUGAUGUGAUAUUAUGCGUAGUAAUCGCUUGCGUGGGACAAAUCUUUGUUAGCUGCUUGUGUUGGAUUUUGUGCUCUCGAUGGUUACCACGGAAUAUCUUACUAGCUGCACUUUUUACAAGUACCCAUAAGUCGGUUGGUCUUGGCAGCUGGGUUUUGCGCGGUGCUUACCAUGGUUCAGCUCAUGGUCCAGCAGUGAAUUUACCAUUGUCCAUACUACCAGUUGCACAAUUAUUGUUAGGCAGUUUAUUAGCUAGCUGGUUAUCUCCAUAAUGUCAAUGUUAGGCAGGCAAUUUCAAUAAAUUUGUGUGUAUUUUAUCCUAAUUAUUUUCCAUCUAAAAUUGCACGUAUGUUUAAUUGUGUAUUGCCGUUUUUCAUUCAACGUAUUAUUACGACUAUUUUUGUUUAAAAAAUGAGACUAAAUGCAUAUGUUGUUUGUUAUAGCAAUUUUAAUCUCGAAGCACCAUGAAGUAUUUUAGUAUGUACUGACAGACCAUAGAAACAGGAAACAUUGCUCCGAUCAGAAAAAUUACAGGAUGUUCUAAUGACUUUAGUAAUCGAAUUAAUAUUAAAAUAUACAAUGAAAAACUGAUUCUUCUAAAAAUAUAUUAUAGUCUUUUUAAAUAAACGCAUUCUGUUUAUCUCGAUACUCUCAAAAUCUGUAUCUUCUUAAUCUUCAAUAAAUGGAAUACUUAAAAUAAUACUGGGUAGGAGUUUACUCAAAAUUAUUUUCAAAAUGUAUCAAAUAAGUUUAUUCAUAUGUAUAACGAAAUGCCAGCGAAGGCGUUGAAACAUAGUCUGUGAUUUUAUGUUUUCUUUAAAAUUCGCGUAGAAUGUAUACGUGCUUCAUUUUUAUUGCGGAAUUUAAUACUUACCUUGAAAAUGAAUCUUAAGAAUUUAUAUGUAACAAUUAUAUAUUAUAUUGUUUUCAGUAUAUAUUGAAACAACUAGUGUAAAAUUAUGCAUGAAUAAGCUUUUUUUCGAUUCUAAUCAACUCAGUUUCAUUGACAUUUGAUAAAAGGAAAUCAUGACAAUUAUACAUUACACUGUACAUCAUUACAGGAACAAUCUUUAAAUAGUACAUUAAGUGAAAGUAAAAAAGAAAAAUCAAAUUACACUACUUCGAAGCGUUAUACGCUAUAUCUUAUGUGGUAAUUAUAUAAUAAAUUGUAUUUGUAUCUUACAAGUUAUAAAUAUAGUUUCCUCACUUUCGAUUGUAAAAUUUCUGAAAAUUAUAAGUAUCUACUUAUUCUAAAAGUCUGUCUACUGUUAUAGAUAUAUCUCGAAAGUAAUAACAAGAGACAUUUCACAGUUUUACACACGAAAGAAAAAGGACUUUGAAUUCAGAAUAAGAUGUUUCCCAUACAAAACAUAGCGAUUUUAUUCUACAAAUAAUGGGAUAAAUUUGGUUAGUUUUUUUUUCUUGUUGUUGUUGUUGUUGUUGUUGGAAACUUGCAUAUCAGUUUUCUAUUUUGCAACGCGCAACUCGGCACGGUAUAUACUUUUUAUACCGUUAUAACGCGUACACGCAUAUAUUUAAUAAUAUUAACAA